UUAAUUCACACAAACAUACUAUUUGAAUGGAGACUCGUUUGUUUUCCUUUUCCGUUGCACUUUUCAUUCUAAACUGCCCUACACUUAGCUCAACCAAAAUAAUUUUGAAUUACUCCACUGAUAAACAAUCCCUUGUUUCCUUCAAAAGCAGCAUUAUUUCAGACCCCAAUUCCAUGUUGAUCAGCAACUGGUCCACCAACACCUCCAUCUGUGAGUGGGCCGGCGUCUCCUGCGGCCGCACACACCAAAGGGUCACCGCCCUAAAUGUCUCCGGCUUCGCGCUCCGGGGAAACCUCUCUCCACAUCUCGGAAACCUAACGUUUCUCCGAUCAUUGGACAUUAGCUCCAACAAUUUCUCCGGCUCCAUACCCUCUCACCUCACUAAACUACGUCGUUUAAAGUUGAUAAACGCGGGCUUCAACAACUUCACCGGAGAAAUUCCGUCGUGGCUCGGAUCCCUAUCCCAACUUCAACAUAUCCAUCUCAAUAAUAACACCUUCUCCGGAAAAAUCCCUCUUUCUUUCUUCAAUGUUUCAACCCUACAAACGUUGGAUUUCGGAAACAAUUUUCUCGAUGGAGAUCUUCCAAAAGAGAUUGCCAAUUUUUCUUUGCUGAAAACUUUGAACUUGGAGGGUAAUCUGCUUACGGGCUCUAUACCUUAUGGCAUCUUCAACAUUUCUUCUAUGGUAGAAAUAAAUUUUAGAAAUAAUAGCCUAUAUGGUGAGCUCCCUAAUGAUAUAUGCAGUAAUGCAAAUCCAAAACUCAAAAGAUUAGUCCUCGGAAGUAAUCUGCUAUUUGGGAGAAUUCCACCAAAUAUUGGCAACUGUAGAGAGCUGGAACAGCUAUGGUUAAUCGGCAAUAAUUUCAGUGGCAGUAUACCAAGUGAAAUUGGGAAAUUGAACAUGCUUACUGUUUUGUCUCUGUCGCUUAACCGUUUAACAGGUCCAAUGCCAAAGGAUGUUGGAAAUCUCACAUCCCUCCAGGUUUUAGGACUAAGUUCUAAUCAACUAGAAGGUGAAUUGCCAGAAGAGCUAGGUAAACUGGCAAACCUCGAGGAAUUUCUAGCACCCUUCAAUGAUCACUUAAACGGCUCUAUUCCAUCUUCUAUAUUCAAUAUCUCAACAUUGAGAAGAUUAUUUCUUCAACAAAAUCUCUUCUCUGGAAGUCUUCCUCCAGAUAUGGGGCUUUCACUUCCCAAGCUCCAGCACCUCUCCUUAUUCUACAAUAGACUCAGCGGGAAAAUUCCAAGCUCCAUCAACAAUGCUUCUAUGCUCACUCUCUUGGAAUUGAACAGAAACUCAUUCACCGGCUCUGUGCCCGUCUUGAGCAAUUUGCGCUACUUGGAACACCUUCGCCUCUGGGAAAAUAAUUUCACAGGAGCAGAAUUUCUGUCAUCUCUAACAAACUGCCCGUCUUUAUUGUCCAUAGAAAUGUCGUACAAUCCUCUAAUGGCAGGCAUUCUCCCAUCUUCAAUUGGGAAUUUCUCAAAAUCGCUUCAAAUUAUCACGGCCUCAUUUUGCGACUUUAGAGGCGGUAUUCCUUCUGGGAUCGGAAACUUGAGCAGUUUGCUGUAUUUGCAGUCAUCGGACAAUCAGCUCACAGGAUUCAUCCCAACAACUAUUUGGAAUUUGACGCAGCUCCAAAUAUUGCAUCUUGGUAGCAAUCAAUUGGAGGGGCAUAUCUCUUCUGAUCUUUGUCAGCUGCGUAAUUUGGGGGAGUUGAACUUGAGUGCAAAUUCCUUCACGGGUCCCGUUCUUGAAUGUUUGGGUGAGCUUCAAUCCUUAAGAAAAGUCUCCCUUGCUUUGAACAAGCUGAAUUCGACAAUACCUUUGAGCUUGUGGAGUCUUACUGACUUAGUGUAUCUAGAGUUGCAGUCCAACUAUUUGAGUGGUCAACUUUCACCGCAGGUCGGAAAUUUGAAAUCACUUUACUAUUUAGACCUCUCGUCUAAUCAGUUUUCAGGUGAUAUUCCAACCUCAAUCAGUCGUUGCCAAUUACUAACCAUUAUGUUGUUGUUUGAUAACAAAUUUGAAGGACCUAUACCCGAAUCCUUGGGGAAUAUUACUAGUUUGAAUGCACUUUACUUAUAUAACAACAGUAUUUCUGGAUCAAUACCUAAGUCACUAGAAGGCCUCAAGUUUCUUGAGUUCUUUAACGUUUCUUACAACAAAUUGGAAGGGGAGAUUCCAAAUGAGGGUUGCUUUGUUAACUUCACGGCUGAUUCUUUUGCUAACAACUCUGCUCUUUGCGGUGCACCAAGAUUUGAAGUUCCGCCAUGCCCAAAAAUAUCCAAGAGGAAUGAUGACCGUUUGGUGAAAUAUCUUGUGCCCCCUCUGGCUGCAGUUGUGCUGUUGGUGGUGAUCAUAGUUUUGUUGAUAAGGAGACACAGUCAGAAAAAAGUACCACCUCAUGAAGAUACGCAGGGAAUUGGUCUGAACAUUGAUUGGAGGAGAGUUUCAUAUUUGGAACUUCAGCGCGGGACUGAUUCUUUUAGCGAAUCCAACCUACUUGGAAGAGGAAGCUUUGGUUCAGUAUUUAAAGCAAUGCUUUCCGAUGGGAUAUAUAUUGCAGUGAAGAUCUUCAAUCUGGACUUGGAAGGAGCUACCAAGAGCUUCGACACUGAGAGUGAGAUACUGAGCGCCCUUCGUCAUAGAAACUUAGUCCGAAUAAUUGGUUGCUGCGUCAACACAGAAUUCAGAGCUUUGAUUCUUGAAUACAUGCCAAAUGGAACUCUGGAGAACUGUCUGCAUUCGGAGAACUAUUGCUUGGAUCUGCUGCAGAGUUUGCAGAUAGCAAUAGAUGUGGCGUCAGCCUUGGAAUAUCUUCAUCAUGGCCAUACAUUUCCCGUUGUUCAUUGUGAUGUAAAGCCAAGCAAUGUAUUGCUUGAUAAAGAUAUGGUUGCUCGUGUUGCUGAUUUUGGUAUUGCAAAGCUUUUUGACCAAGAGGAAGCCAUGGUUCUUACCAAAACCCUAGCCACCGUCGGUUAUGCAGCACCAGAGUAUGGAUCAGAAGGGAAAGUAUCCACAAGUGGAGACGUAUACAGUUAUGGAAUUUUGCUGCUAGAGAUGUUUACAAGAAAGAGGCCAACAGAUGAUAUGUUUAAUGGGGAAAUGAGCAUGAAAGAUUGGGUGAGUGAAGCAUUACAAGAGAGUGAAGUAGGUGAAAUUGUGGCUGAUGGUUUGCUAUGGAGAGAUGAUCAACAUUUUGAAUCAAAUGAGCAAUGUGUGUCAUCUGUUUUUGAUUUGGCUAUGAAAUGUUUAGUCUUUUCACCUGAGGAAAGAAUUAACAUGGUCCAAGUUGUGGCUGCUCUUCACAAAAUCAAUUCCAAAGUUGGAGCAGAAAGGGUCAGCCAUAUGCAUAACAGGCGAUGAUUAGUUUAUAUAUUGUAAUACAAAUAAUCACUACAAAAAAAUAAGUGAUUACCGGCGGCAUAUCCCGCCGGUAAAAAAGGGACGGCCGCCGGCGAUUCAAUUACCGGCGGCAUUACCGGCGGCAAUCUACCGCCGGUAUUCAUCUCGUCGGAGAUGUGAAUCCCGGCGGUGAUGCUCAGCCGCCGGAGAUUUGCGGCGGCCCAACCGCCGGUGGAGUUUCUCGGGAAGCUCAGGUGGUCUCCCGAACGUUUACCGGCGGUCAUUGCCGCCGGUAAUCAGCGGCGGCUAUAUGCCGCCGGUAAGCAGCGGCGGUAUCUUUGCCGCCUGUGAUCACCACCACUACACCGAGACUGCCGCCGGUAAAUCCUGCCGGUAAAUCGGCGCUUUUUUGUAGUGAAUGGUCCAUAGAUUCCAAUUUACAAUAAGGUGCUGUUGUAUAUAUGUGGUCCAUUAAUUAAUAUAAUUCCGACGCUUUUAGUCUGCAUAUAAAUUGAAGGGAUUUAUAGUGCUAGACUGCUAAACAAAGAUAAAACUAUAAAUGCUUAUAGUUGUGGA